UUCAUUACCUGGCACAGCUCAGAGUAGCAACGAACUUGAAAACCUGCAGUUUUCCUAGCACCUUGUCGAUCAUGAUUCGUGCGGUGAUUUUCGCCUGCCUCCUGGCCUUCGCCAGCGCACAGGAACUGGACAUUCCGAAACUGGCCGUGAAGCUCGGUGCUACGGACCUUGUUGAAUUUGUCGUCAAGGCUAACCUAACAUCUGCCCUGUCCGGUCCAGGCCCUUUCACCGUGUUUGGGCCAACAAACGAGGCGUUCUCACGUCUACCACCGCCGAUCGUUGAACUGCUGACGCACAACGUAACGUUGCUGCGUGAUGUGCUAAUGUACCACGUUGUCUCCGGUCGCGUCUACUCAUCACAGCUGUCCAACGACUUGCUGGCCCAGUCUCUGCUCCCGGAGGAGAAGAUCAGAAUCAAUAUCUACAAGAACACGAAGACGGUGGUUACCGCCGAGGGAUCUCCGGUCGUCCUCACGGAUCAGAACGCUACCAACGGCGUCAUCCACGUCAUCGACCGCGUCAUGCUGCCUCCGCUUGGCGACAUCCCCACCAUCGUCACACGUGACCACCGAUUCAGUACCCUGCUGAAGGCUGUAUCCGUUGCUGGUCUGGUGCCCACACUGUCCGGUGCAGGACCAUUCACCGUCUUUGCCCCCACCGACGAGGCAUUCGCCAAGAUCCCACCAAAGACCCUGGAAGGUCUUCUGGCUGACAAGGCCAAGCUCACUAAGGUCUUGACAUACCACGUGAUCUCUGCCGCUGUCUGGGCCGCCGGACUCUACGAUGGAGAGGAGGCGAAGACAGUGGAGGGCAGUUCACUCAAGUUCCACAUUGAGGAACACGAGGUGGCCAUUAGCUUUGGUACGGAAGGACAUUCGCGUGUCAUUGAGCCCAACGUCGCCGCUACCAAUGGUGUCAUCCAUGCCAUUGACACUGUGCUUCUCCCACCUGAUCUGUUCUAAGCCAGACUUGGUUUAUUAUUAUGCCGACUCCACGUUAUACGAUCCGCACUACUAGUGUCUCUCAAUCAUAUUUUUUAAGAAAUUUCCUAUUUACCCUUGCCAACAUUGAACAACAACCAAAUAAUUCAACAGUCUGAUACCCUGUUAGGCUACGAACUCUGCCGCACACUUCAGCAGGUGGUGAUUAUUGAUUGGUUUGGUUCAGCUCUGGCUUGAUUUCAUUGCUAUUUCUAGUACAGGAAAUAUAAAACAAAAAUACAAUGUAGUGAUACUAGUACAGCAGACGGCUGUUAGCUUAGUAAGCCUCUUAUACGGGCAAUCACAGAACAUGAUUUCACUGGCCUGACGCAACAACUACAAAGCAAAACAAAACGAAAAAUUUAAAUAAAAAGAAAAUGAAACUUUACAAUCUGCACACAAUGACAACUCCAUUUUUAAGAUAGUCUC